UUUGUGUGUAAAAAAGCCAUUAGAGGCCAUCAUCCCUGGAUCUCCAGACCCUUUUUUUUGUGGUGGUAUCCAAAACUCAGCUAUGUGGACGUAGGAGAUGACGUGAAGUUUGGCGUUAGCUUUCUAGAAAGAGCCAGGGGUGCAGCACUGGCAGCUACGAGGGAGGGCGGAAUGGCUAUUUAAAGAGGGGGAACCAGAGAGAGGAGGAGAGGAGAAACAGAGCACAACACAAGCCACAGCAUCGAGUAACCGCCUCCGAUAUAGACCGACGAGCGGAGGGAGAAAAGCCAGCGAACAGUGACGCUAACCCAGCUAGUCCCGCCAUCACCCUCCACACAUAACGGUUAACGGUUUUUCCUCCACAGGCUAACCGGCUAAUUCGCCUCCGGGGGGGCAAAGAUGGGGAAAGACUACUACAAAAUCUUGGGCAUUUCGAAAGGAGCGGCCGAGGAGGACAUUAAAAAGGCGUACAAAAAACAGGCUCUAAAAUGGCACCCGGACAAAAACAAGGCGCCCAACGCCAGCGAGAAAUUCAAGGCGAUAGCCGAGGCUUACGAGGUCCUCAGCGACCCGAAGAAGCGAGAAAUAUACGACCAGUACGGAGAGGAAGGUCUGAAAGGAGGUGGAGGACCCACGGACGGACAGGGAAGCAACUUCACCUACACCUUCCACGGAGACCCCCACGCCACCUUCGCCACCUUCUUCGGCGGCGCCAACCCGUUCGAGAUGUUUUUCGGCAGGAAGGUGAACGGGAGGGACGAUGACGACAUGGAGGUGGACGGCAGCGACCCCUUCGGCUCUUUCACCAGCUUCAACAUCAACGGGUUCCCCCGUGGUGACCGGCACGUAGGGCUGGGAGGACAGCCUCGGACCAGGAAGCAGGACCCCCCCAUCCACCACGAACUGAGAGUGUCGCUGGAGGAGGUCUUCCACGGCUGCACCAAGCGCAUGAAGAUAUCCCGCAAGCGCCUGAACCCGGACGGGCGCACCAUGAGGACGGAGGACAAGAUCCUCACCAUCGAGAUCAAGCGCGGCUGGAAGGAGGGCACAAAGAUCACGUUCCCACGUGAGGGCGAUGAGUCGCCCAACACCAUCCCGGCCGACAUCGUCUUCGUCAUCAAGGACAAACCCCACGCCCACUUUAGAAGAGAGGGAUCUGACAUCGUCUAUCCUGUGCGAGUCAGCUUGCGGCAGUCUUUGUGCGGCUGCUCCGUUACCGUGUCGACGAUAGACGGGAAAACGUGCAAUAUAAAGAUCACCGACGUCAUCAAACCCGGCAUGAGGAAGAUAAUCGCGGGACAGGGGUUGCCCUUCCCUAAAAACCCGGAGCAAAGAGGGGACCUCAUAGUGGAAUUUGACGUGACCUUUCCGGACAGCCUGCCAUCCAACGCCAAGGACGUCCUGAAACGGCACUUACCAGCUUCGUAAAACAAAAACGGGACCGGACUGAAAGGACAAUAAAGUCCCGAGAACUGCUUUCCACCUCCUCUCUUUGGACGUUGCCGACAAAUCACCGCUACGCCCCCAUACAGAAUGUGCAAUUUCUAUUUUUUAAACUAUAUUUAGUGUUUAGUUUUGUUGUUUUUAAACUGUUGCAUGCUGAAAUAAGGUCAUAAGUGCAAUCCCAGUGUCCGAAAGUAAACAUCGACAUUUGACUUCUUUCCACGGUGGCUGUAUUUUCUCAUUUCUCUCUUCAGUCGUGCCGUUUGGGCAGGAAACACUGAGCACAAGUACAACACUCUGAGAAAUGAGAGACUGUUUCCUACAUUUUACAGAGUAGCAUUAUUUCUAUGUGUUUCUAUAGACGGCGACGAUUUUCUUACCGAAAGGAACUGCCUAAUGCAAACUGUGAAACGGUAGAUUCUACAUCUUGCUUCAGAACAGGUUUUCAAGCCCCCAGGUAACCUAAAUCUGUGGUCAUCUUGCACAAACAGUGUCCUGUGAAUAGCCUAAUGGCUGGUGCAUUUCUCCUCUUUGGAAACUGUCCUGAUCUUGGGUGGCACUUGUAUAAGCAGUAACAUGAAGCUGAUGUGGGCUGUCCUGCCCACGUAGCUGCCCAUGUAACUUUCAGAGCGAGCGCUAACCACCAAGCGACAACUAACCUAACAAGCAUACCUGAGCUGUCAGACUGGCUAAUCUGCCUGACUGUCCGGUUAUUUAACCGGCCAUGCCAGCAGUGUCUGUGCGCAAGUCCUGCAGUAAAGUGAAAAAGAGACGUCACUGAUGUUUUUAGUGACCCAUAGACCACCUGCAUAUCACUGCCGUUGGAACAAAAUAUCCAUUUUUGUCGUUUUUUUUUUUUUUGGAUGUAAUUUGAAAAUGCCUGUUGUCCUUUACAUUGUGCGUUAAUUUCAUGAUCAUUGGACCAACCCAAAUGGCCCAAAAUUACUUGGACAAAAAGUCUGGUUCCAUUGACUUGCAUUAAAAGUAAAGAAAGUUUUUUGCUUCUCCUGUAAAGUUACUGUUUGGGAGAUUUUGUUCUGACAGCAGCGACAUGGAGAGUGCGUCUCACGCAUUUCUCACCACUCACACUGUUGUGUUUAGUUCUGCUUCAGUGCCGUUGAAGGAUGGGAGUGUUGACAGACCGUCGGAACAUUAGACCACACCCAGACUUCUCGGAUUGGUCUGACGAGCCAUUUUUAAGCUGUGUUCUUAUAUUUUUCUAUCUUGUUUUUCAAACAUUGCUGAACAUUUAAUAUAGCGCCCAACAUUAGCAUCAUUUUUAAUAUUUCACCCUUUGUGUCCUGGGACUUUAAAGGCUACGAGUACAAGCCUGAGACCCUGAAGCAUAAGAGGGAGAGCCUUGAUUCCUGGAAGGCUGAUACAAAAAGGUUGGCUUAAAGGAAAGUGGCCUUCUCGAGUGUCCUAGAUGGAUUUCUGCUCACGGCGCUCUGGUCUAUGCUGCUGCUCCCAGUGAUGAACUACUGUGUUUGGAACAUUGUGCCCGGGAAAUGUUAGAUCCAUAUGUUCAGCUCCUCCAGAUGUUGGUCAUAUUGAAUAUUCAGACGUCCACUAGGGGACGCCACAUGUCUGGCUGCACCAGAGCAGCUGCCAGGCGAGUGCUGGAUUGAUCAGGACUGUAAAUGAACCAUGUUUGGAACUGUUUAAUUCACAGUUGUUUGCAUCAGGUGUGAUAUUUAAAGUGGGAGGUACGAAGAAGAUUCGCAUCGAAUUGAAUCGCUUGCUGUCGGUCUUGGACGACAGGUUGUGUUUAGGUGAAAUAUACGCAAUGCAAUACUGAACAGAGUCAAAGAUGGACACUUAUUGUGAUCAAAUACAUCACGAUACGCUGUUGGGUAUCAUCAGUACUUCUAGAACGCUGAAGAACUGUAUGGACCAUUAAAAAGACCAAUUACAGAGAACCUAUAAA